GUCCUUCCUCCUCACAACACUGUAUAUAUCUGUCCUUCCUCCUCACAACACUGUAUAUCUCUGUCCUUCCUCCUCACAACACUGUAUAUUCUGAUGUUUAUCUCCUUCUCUACCCAGGUUGGAGGUACAGGCUGACGUUCAGAAGGAGCAGGGUAGUCUGAGUGGGGAGUCGACCAACGUCAGCUUGGGGACAAUCAGUGACAACACGAGCACCAAAGCAAUGGCUGGAUCCAUUCUCAACUACAUGCCUCUGGACAGAGAGGGUAGUCUGGAGGUGGACAUGGAGGGGAAGCAGGAGAAGAAGCUCCAUCACCAUAGCAACAGCAGCAGCCUGGACGACGGCAGCGGCGAGGGGAGAGGGGUGGGGGUGUGUCCCUCCGGCUGCCCCCAUGAGUCUCGCUCCUCCAAAUGGGUGAAGGACCCCUCUUCUUCGGGGGGCAAGAAGAGCAAGGGCAAGCUGAGGACUAAGAAGAGCAGCGGAGGAACUAAGAUCCAGGAGACCCGUGAGGACAUGGAUGCUCAGCUCCUUGAGCAGCGAAGCACUAACUCCUCAGAGUUCGACUCCCCCUCCCUCAGCGGCUCCCUGCCCUCCGUAGCAGACUCCCACUGCAGCCACUUAUCAGAGUUCAGCUGCUCUGAUCCUGAGACCUCCAGACCUCCUCCUCUCACCCCCUGCUGCAUUGACCUCCACCCCCAGCGCCCCCUCACCUCCCUGGGAACAGACCUGGUCACCGUCACCCCCCUGCCGGAGGUGGAGAACGACCAUCUGGAGAACUGUCCCGCUGCAUCACACUCCUCCUCCCCUUCCUCCUCGGCCCCCGUCUACACAGAAGGAGGGUUAGGAGGUAUGCUCCUCUACAUCGCCGAGGAGAGCUUAGGGCUGAUGAGGACGACGCAGGAGGAGCUGGACUCCCUCGCGGUGGAGGAGGUCCUGAAGGAGACCAAUAACAACAUGUUGGAUGGAGGUGUCGUCUCCCAGCAGCCUUCCAGCCCUGUGAGGAGUGGCUGCAUUCAGACUGAGAUAUAAACUCUCCUGGCUGGCUGACUGGCUGACUAGCUGGCUGACUAGCUGGCUGACUAGCUGGCUGACUAGCUGGCUGACUGGCUGGCUGACUCCAGGGCUACUACUACAGACUGACCUAAUGUUUAUGCCAGCUUUUUUCACAGCUAACCUGAAAUCCACUUCUGUCUCUGAGUGGUGCAAGCUCGCUUUACGGAAGAGUAGAGAGAAAGACAGGACAGCAGAGGAGGAGAGAUGAUUGUGUUUUAUCCAUGUCUGCUAAUAUGGAAGAUAAAAUUAUGUGAUGGUUGAGGGUAGACUGGGUAGUGAUACAGGUGGAUGAAUAAGGUAGUGAUACAGGUGGAUGAAUAAGGUAGACUGGGUCGUGAUACAGGUGGAUGAAUAAGGUAGUGAUACAGGUGGAUGAAUAAGGUAGACUGGGUAGUGAUACAGGUGGAUGAAUAAGGUAGUGAUACAGGUGGAUGAAUAAGGUAGUGAUACAGGUAGAUGAAUAAGGUAGUGAUACAGGUGGAUGAAUAAGGUAGUGAUACAGGUGGAUGAAUAAGGUAGUGAUACAGGUGGAUGAAUAAGGUAGUGAUACAGGUGGAUGAAUAAGGUAGUGAUACAGGUGGAUGAAUAAGGUAGUGAUACAGGUGGAUGAAUAAGGUAGUGAUACAGGUGGAUGAAUAAGGUAGUGAUACAGGUGGAUGAAUAAGGUAGUGAUACAGGUGGAUGAAUAAGGUAGUGAUACAGGUGGAUGAAUAAGGUAGUGAUACAGGUGGAUGAAUAAGGUAGUGAUACAGGUAGAUGAAUAAGGUAGUGAUACAGGUGGAUGAAUAAGGUAGUGAUACAGGUGGAUGAAUAAGGUAGUGAUACAGGUGGAUGAAUAAGUUAGACUGGGUCGUGAUACAGGUGGAUGAAUAAGGUAGUGAUACAGGUGGAUGAAUAAGGUAGUGAUACAGGUGGAUGAAUAAGGUAGUGAUACAGGUGGAUGAAUAAGGUAGUGAUACAGGUAGAUGAAUAAGGUAGUGAUACAGGUAGAUGAAUAAGGUAGUGAUACAGGUGGAUGAAUAAGGUAGUGAUACAGGUGGAUGAAUAAGGUAGUGAUACAGGUGGAUGAAUAAGGUAGUGAUACAGGUGGAUGAAUAAGGUAGUGAUACAGGUGGAUGAAUAAGGUAGUGAUACAGGUGGAUGAAUAAGUUAGACUGGGUCGUGAUACAGGUGGAUGAAUAAGGUAGACUGGGUCGUGAUACAGGUGGAUGAAUAAGGUAGACUGGGAGAACGCUGUCCUAAUGUUUUUAGGGUUUUAUUCUUAUAGAAGAGACGUUGGCAGUCUGGAUGGGAAGUCUUGAUUAUAUCUCAUGUCCAGAGGGUUUUUGGUCGAUGGUAACAUUUAGAUGGACCAAGGCCCAUGGAAGGUUCCAGUUAAAUGUACGAGGACAGAGGACGAGGUGUAUGGCGCUGAUGUAGCAGUGUUCUAUACCGGCCUUCACAUGGGGGACAGAGUCUCUAGAAGUCCACAAGACUGUGUCAAUCCAGGAAGCUUCUAUGGAUCAGACCCAAAACAAACUGCAUCUCAGGUGGCUUCCUAUUCACCAUGUACUGCGUUACUAGAUGAGUAGGGUUCCAUUUGACACGCAGACUUCUACAUAGUAGUAAUGAUAUUUCUGUGGUAGCCAGCCAGCCAGCCAGUCAGUCAGCCAGCCAGCCAGCCAGUCAGUCAGUCAGUCAGUCAGCCAGUCAGUCAGUCAGUCAGUCAGCCAGCCAGCCAGUCAGUCAGUCAGCCGCAUCACACCGCAGCGUAAAGGAUUGUCAAGCUUCAAUUAUAAUAUAAACCGGUCAAUGAAAAGAUCAAACUGACCUAAGAGGGACCAGUCAAUAAGUCAUUUUUAUUUUUCCGUGAUGAUUCUAUAAAAAAUGAAUAUUAGUUUUAAGAUGAAUUUUGUUCUGUAGUUUAGUAUUUUCCAUGUUGAGCCCUGUGCUGGGUCAGAUCCUGUGUUAGGGGCAGCCAGGGGGGGGGUUGGGGUGAGCAGAGAGAAGAAAGAGUCAAACAAUUUAACCCUUUGUCUUCUUAAACAACACAGAUUUGAACUGUCAGGAUUGGAUUUACAAUAUCAGUAAAUCUAAAGAACCGGGCCUCAGUUGAGCCGGUAAAGAACCGGGCCUCAGUUGAGCCGGUAAAGAACCGGGCCUCAGUUGAGCCGGUAAAGAACCGGGCCUCAGUUGAGCCGGUAAAGAACCGGGCCUCAGUUGAGCCGGUAAAGAACCGGGCCUCAGUUGAGCCGGUAAAGAACCGGGCCUCAGUUGAGCCGGUAAAGAACCGGGCCUCAGUUGAGCCGGAUCAUCAGCAGAAUGAAAACAGUGAUGGUUUGGUAUAAAGGGAACGAUAAGAGGUUGACUCUCUAUUCACUCUGUUAUAAAUGUAGAUCACUUCUAAUUAAAAGGCUAUGGCGAUUUGAAGCCUGAGUUGAUGA